UCGACCCCAAAGUUGGUACCAGUAUUGGAUCGAUACUAGCUUGAUAAGGUUGAUGCUUUUGUUAAAUAUUCUUUUCUAAAUGAAAUCUUCUUGGACGGUUUAUGCGAGAACAGACCCCCUCUCAGUUCUGCUUGCACUCUCUCUGCUCCCCCUCCCGCUCCUGUUUCCAUCUGUUUUGUCACGUGACUCAGGCGAGCAGAGCUAGUAUCAGUUCUGAAGUUGGCAUGGUGGCAGAAGGGAAAAGAAGCAUUGUGUGGACACUUUAGACCCCACAAAAAUGUAAAAAAAAAAAGAAAGUUGUUUGGUACUGUGGCAACACAAGUAAUCUCUAUAAGCUACACAAGAAACAGAACUUAAAAGUAAAAAAAAAUACUAUUUACCUCACUAGCUGCAUUCAGAUAGGUCAUGUGUAUGCAUGUGCAUGUAGGCGGGUUGUAAAGUUGUGUUUAAAGUUGCUGUUUCUGAACAAAAACCUUAGACUGAAGGAAAGAAGAGUCCAAGUUUUCUUCUCUAGUAACAAUUGUGAGCAGAUUUGAUUUUCGCAAGCUGUAUUCAUAAUUAAUCGUUGUGAGAUGCUAUAGGAUGUUUAGAAAUCGAUUAUAUAAAUGAAAACACAAGAAUUGUGUUGAAUACAUAAUACAUACAUACAUUAACAAACAUGCACUGUAGAAUGAUGAGUAAAUGAGUAAAAAUACUAAUACUAAGAGUAAAAAUGAGUAUCAAUAUCUACAUUACUGGCCCAUAUCUGUAUCGGAUUGAUUUAAAAUGUUAACCACAUGUACUGUCGGUACACGUUUACAUGCACACUGAUCUAGAAAGAGACACAUGUGACCACACCAAAAUAAAGAAACUAUCAUGAUUGCAUAUGCAGUACAGCCCUUUCUUUGACAAGUGUGCUAUAAUGAUAAUUAAAGCAGCAUUGUGCGGGCCCUCACAGCCCCCACUUGCAGACACACAUGCCAAGUUUCAAGCUGAUCAAUCAAUGUACGGGCGAGUUACAGGGCACUUCCUGGCCGACAUCGCAUUCACGGGUCAAGUUCAUGUUCGUAGACAUGUUCAAGUUUCGUGCCAAUCAGACAAUGUAUGGCAAAGUUAUAGUGCACUUCCUGUUUCAUGGUGAAUCGUCGAAAUUCGCCCAAAUACCAAUGGCCGCUGUGGCCAUGCCCUUUUGAAUCUGCAAUACAUUUCAAUCACAUUUGGGACCAGUACAAAUUGACAAGUUUGCAGGCGCCCUCAGAUUUCAUUCAGUUACAAAACUUGUAAAAUGCCAAGAUGGACGCCAAAUUCAAAAUGGCUGACUUCCAGCUGAGUCGAGGUCAUGGUCCCAAUGGGAUUUUUUGUUUGUCUUGGGUCGAAACACGUUCCCACCAAAUUUUGUGAAAUUCGGCACAACUAGGUUUCGGCCCACUCCAUAGGCGUUUGACCUGAGGGGGUGCUACUGAGCCAUUUUUCAUUGGUUUUUCGCAAAUUCCAUUACUUGGAAUAAUAUUAUUUUUUUAAUGUUUAUAUUUUGUUCAUACAAAAAGCGUUGUAACACAAGUUAUUUACAGAAGAGAAAAAGAUUGUGCUCAAGAUUCACAGCCACGUAGCAACAUUUCAGAAUAUGUGUUCGUCAAUUUAAAAUGUCCUCAUGAAACACGAUGACACAACCGAGGUUUGACCAAAGUGCUGGACAUUGAUCGCAUCGAGAAAACAGCCAGACAUAAAACAAUAACCAAUAACCAUUAUUAUAUUGCACCACAUGCUGUACACGACACAAUAAAACACACACCCAGACUAUAAUUCGCAUUAUACGUUUUUACUAGAUUGGAUGGGUUCUGAAAGUUAUUUCACUCCUUUGUAGUAAAUCUGAAUUUCAUAAGGUAAAUAAAGGCUGGUCGGCGGAGAGACAUUCUGCUGGUCAGAUCUUGUAUAAUGUGCCUGAUUAAGUCCCUGGUGAUAGCAAGCAUCCAUUGUUAUUGUUCAGUGUUUAUUCUUUCUUUAUUCUGAUAUUCCACUUCCGCCAAAGGUUUGGUUUGUCUAAGCGUUUCGAGUAAUCAUGGCGACAAAAAUCACAAAAAAUGUCCACAGAUAUACCACUUUGUCUAAAUACUUCAAGUUUUAAAGGUUCCAUCUACCCAAAUUGGCAGCAAGAAGUAGGCAUGGUCAAAAUUUCGCCGCAGGAAUGUUCUAGUUCUAGAGGGUUUGUCUUUAAUCCAAGACGUAGAGCUGACAACAGCAGUCAACAGAAGAGUUGACUUCAUGUCGGGAGUGGGAGUGGUCUGACAAAGAUAUGAUAAGGUGAUCCUUUAUUAGUCCCACAUAAAGGACAUUUACAACACAACUCAAACCACUUUACACUUGAAGACGGUCGUUGUGACUGAGAGGUGAAAUGGCACAGGCAGGAGUUCAGCUGCAGAGAGAAACCUUCUCUUGUUCCAUCUGUUUGGAUCUUCUGAAGGAUCCCAUGGCUCUUUCCUGUGGACACAGCUUCUGUAUGAACUGUAUCAAAGACCACUGGGGCUCAGAGGAUGAGAAGAGGAUCUACAGCUGCCCUCAGUGUGGAGAGGCCUUCACACCGAGGCCUAAACUGAAGAAAAGCACCAUAUUAGCAGCUUUAGUGGAGGAGCUGAAGAAGACUGGACUCCAAGCUGCUCCUGCUGAUCACUGCUAUUCUGGAGCUGAAGAUGUGGCCUGUGAUGUCUGCACUGGCAGGAAACUGAAAGCUGUCAAGUCCUGUUUGGUAUGUUUGGCCGCUUACUGUGAGGAACACCUCCAGCCUCAUUAUCAAUCACCAUUAAAGAAACACAAGCUGGUGGAGCCCUCCAAGAACCUCCAGGAGAACAUCUGCCCUCGUCACGAUGAUCACGACACAGUCUCAGCUGCAGCAGAGAGGAAGCAGAAGCAGAGAGAGUUGGAUCUGACAAACAUGUCACUGGCUGUGGCUGAAGUGGUUUUUUUCCUGCCAGAACCAGAACCAGAGACCAGAGCUGAAUUCUUCAGAUAUUCACAGGAAAUCACACUGGAUCCAAACACAGCUCACAAAUAUCUGAUAUUAACUGAGGGAAACAGAAAAGUAAGAUUCAAGGCAGAAGAUCAGUCUUAUUCUAGCCACACAGACAGAUUUACUGGGGAGUGGCAGGUCCUGAGUAAAGAGAGUCUGACUGGACGUUGUUACUGGGAGGUGGAGUGGAGAGGGGGAGUUUUUGUAGCAGUGACGUACAAGAACAUCAGCAGAUCAGGGAGUUCAAAUGAAUGUGGAUUUGGAUUUAAUGAAAAAUCUUGGGUUUUAGUUUGUGAACAUGGAGGGUUUUUUUUUCUUCACAACAGAAUCUGGAUUAAAGUCUCAGAUGAUUUGUCCUCCAGAGUAGGAGUAUACUUGGACCACAGUGCAGGUCUUCUGUCCUUCUAUAGAGUCUCUGACACCAUGACUCUCCUCCACAGAGUCCAGACCACAUUCACUCAGACUUUCUAUGCUGGAGUUCUUUGUCUUUUUCCUGGAGCCACAGCUGAGUUCUGUAAACUCAAAUAGACCUGAGUUCUUACGGAGCAGUGAGUUCAACUAUGUGUUUAAAUCUUUGACUUGUCUGCUCGCGUUGCUCUGAUCACCUGUCAGUCAAACAGGGUGGUUUUCCUUGUCACUUUGUAAAGACACAAAUCUAUAAUCACAUUUAAAAUUUGUCCUUGUUUUUCUGUAUCGAUGUCAGAUUCUUUGAUGUUUGGUCAAAUUGUCAUGAUCCUGAUGAUCAUCAAUGAGGAAGCCAUUUGUUCUUUUCUUUUCUGUCACAUUGAGGUGAAACAAAGUCAUUCAAAUAGAAAACAAACAAACCAUCCAUUGUUGAUGAUUGUAUUAUAUCAUCAUGUUGUCAUUGUUUUAUUCCUUAUAUAUAUGUGGAGUUUCAACCAGAUUAUUGUUAUUUUUCAAAG